AAUGGACAAAUGUUCACCUUCGCUCAGCGUCGGGGUCGGGUCAGCAGCGGUCUCCACGGCGACGACGCAACGCUUUCACAGAUCCGGAUUAUUAGACUCAAGCCGAUUGAGAAAACGGGCAAUUCAUAAGAACAGACUGAAAAUCGGCAUGGUCAUCAAUGAAGUCGAUAUAGCAGGCGAGUCGCCGCGAUGAAGAUUUCCAAUUUGAGACGACAUCGUGAGACCAAGCAAGAGGAUUCGGAGGUAAGAACAAGCAUCGAGUUCCCGUCACAUCUGUGGCCAAGGAGCCAUUUUCCGACGCAGGAGUAAAAGAAUACUUUGUAUUUAUUUUUUUGCAUUCAUGUCGACAAAAUCAAAGAACGUCAAUUCCCACUCGCGUCUACUCGGUGGCGACGAAGCAACCGACAGGAGCGCCUCGACGCAGCUCGGACCCAGUUGUGAAGCAAACAAAUGAAAAGUAACACUCAGCUGAAGAUUUUUGAAAAAUAACGGAAGCAGUAACAAAGCGCCGUCCGUGAAACGGAACGAGGAUUUUCCCCAAAAUAUGCUGUCGAUCAUACAGAGUGAUUCGGGUCGAUUUUUGUUGACGGACCAGCGAAGAACACAUUUUAGCACUAAAUGUUACGCGUUACUAAUUGUCGGGAAAACGCCGAAUUGUGGACGGAUGAAUGAUUGUUUAGAAACGAAAGUUCUGCGAUGCGUCGUAUGUGUUCGAAAGGCCUAACUCGAUAGAACCACAGACUAGAGAAAAAAUAAAUACAGUACACAUUUGUUGGUAACGUUGAACUGGAACUGUUCCCAACUUUGGCCACUUGAGGGCAGUGCACUAUGUAUUCCAAAAACAACAUACAGUACAAAUUUGUCGGUGACGUCGAACUGGAACUGUUCACAACUUUGGCCACUCGAGGGCAGUAACCCUCCAAAAACAAAGUUACGUUGCAAUGUCGUCUUUGUGUUUAUUAGUGUUUUGUUUUGACUUCUUUGUUGAGCUCGUAAAAGAAACGGUCGAUUUCUAUGUCUAUAUAUCCUAAAACGAAGUUGAUUUUUGUGGGUUACUUUCAACGUGUACGCGUCGUCUCCGACGAGAAGGUGGCCUCCACUAAGAUGGCCGUCGCCUAGACGCGUCAGGUAGCUAGGGCUGACGUAUCCAGUCUUCUGUCGGCAACUGCGGUCGCCUCUUCCGGUUUGAGUUUCCGCAACGAGAUGGCUGUUCCGCAAAACGAGCCAACCCUUUCUCCAUAUCAGCAAAGAAUCGCAAAUUUAUUUAACGGCAAUACAUUCAGGAGGUCCUGUGGGAAGAAGAGAUUUACUUGCACCAGUCUCAGCAGGAAUAUUUCGGAGUUUCCUGCCUUGGAGGACUAUCUCCCCAAAAACUACGAUUAUCACGUCUGCGACUUCGACCUCAUCAGAGAGACGGGCGAUCACGUCGACUUUAAGACGACGUUCCGAAUGGUGUUGUCGUCAAAAGAAGACAUAAAGCUAUGGAUGAAAUCCCACGCCGUCACCUGGAGGGUGGACCGAACAUACGUAACCAAGGGCCAGAAAGUCAUUUUUAAGGUGGACUACAGGUGCCAGCGUAACACGAGACCCCGGCGCGCCGUUCAAGUGUCAGGCCACAGCAAAAACACAGACUGUCCCGCUAUGAUGUGCGUGAAACUGUUUCGCACUCAAGUGAGCAGAGGCAGGCAGAGUACAAGCACAGAUUGUCACCUGCCUACCUUCCCUACAAUGGUGAGCAUCAUGAACGACCACAACCACAACAUCGGCGCGCCCGAGUCGUUACCGUGUUUAGUCUCGGACAUCGCGGAGUACGAACCGGAGGUGGAAAUCGGGGACGAUUACGCGUUCGCCGCGGCAGACGGAACCCUUUCCCCGACCCCGGAGUUCAGCUACGGCUGGCUGGAAGAUCCGGGCGCGGAGGCGGAGGUAGAAGAUGCGGAACAGAACGCUUCAGAGGAAGGUAAUCAGUCUAAGCCGGGAGACCGGAUUAAACGCGGAGACAAGACUUUUUUUCCAGCCUCGCAUUUUGUUUUUUUCCAGCCUCGCAUCACAAGGCAGCGUCGGAAUUUGACGCCAUGUGCCAAAAGCUGUCGGAGAUCGUCAAGAGCGACGAGUCCUUCGCCGCCCCGGCCGCGGCCGCGGCGAACGCCUUUAAAAAAAUCGAGAGGAAUCCGUUCCGCAUCGCGGCGGCACUGCGAACGUUCGCCCGCGACCCGAACGCCGGCUCGCCGUCGGCGAAAUCCAAAGUCCGCCGCGGGGCCGCCAGAGGCAAGGUACCGCCGCGCGGAAGACGUCGCCUCGCCGCCGAACGGCCCGCCGAGGUCGGCGCGGGACUCGACCACGUAUACAGCCAAUGAGCCGACGCCGUCCGAAAGCGGUUCGCCGGCGUGGGGGGCAAAAAGACUCCAAAAAUGAAGGAGACUCAGGAGUUUUCCAAGUGUAUUUGUAUUUAUUUGUGAGUUUUCUGAGCGUAUACUUUAUGGCAUUAUACGAUUGAAUGAAGUCAGCAUCGAUUUCAUAAUUAGAAUAUUAAAUGUGUGGAAAUGGCAUAAUAUACCGUUUGAUUGUAAAAAAAAAAAAAAAAAAAAAAAACAUCCCAUCUCACACCUGCCGCUCGCCCCGCAGUCGGGCGGAUUUGCCAACGGCGGCGCUCGCUAGUUAAAGGGCGGUUACCGAAAUGGGUCGUAGCGAGUACCGAUUCCAAGAUGUUUCGAUACUUAAAUGACCUUGCGACUGAGUUGUUUAUUUUUUUGUGCGUUUAAAGAACCUAAACCAAAAAAGGAUGCCUUUUGUGUGCAUUGGUUUGAUUUGGUAGAUUGCGACGCAUGUCUGUAUUACCAAGCUUUGCUGUUUGAAAAAAACAAACCAACAAAAAGCCUGAGUAUAUACCUUAAGCCUACUGUACAUAAUUGAUUUUGUGUCAUGUUCUUUUUUUGUUGCUUCCAAAAAACCUUAUUCCACUGAUUUCUGUGAAAAAUAAAUGCGCACUGUACAUUUUAUUUUUGUAUUAAAAAAAAAAAAGGCUUUCAAUGUACUUUUUGUGUACUAAAAAUGCCUCGGGGUGCGUCGCUAUUUCUGGAAAGAGCAAGUGUUUUGUGGAGCAAAAAUCUAUCUUCCAGGGGAGAGCGGGGCGUGUCGCAAAUGUUUUCUCCGCCAGAGGUCGCAAGUAAAAAGAAGCGCACUCGUUUUGUUGUCGUCCACGGUCGGGGGGUGCCUGCCGUCCCGUCUUUUGCACAACCCAAAGUAAAGAAAAAGGUCAUUUAAAUUCUUACAGAUAGAAAAGUAAGCAGUGAUGUGGACUUGUUUGAGGGCAUCUCGGUGAUGUUAAUUGUUUUUAUUGUCAAACAUGGUCGUUUGGGGCAAAAUGUCUGUCGUUACGGGGGUGAGUUGUCACAUGGAUUUUCAUCAAAAGUAAGAAUAAUGGAGUUGUCUUUAUCGGUAGCAGAAGUCCAGUGUGACAACUUAGCUGACGGUAGGACGACCUGUGACAUGUCGACCCUCUGUUCGAUUGCUUCUAACUGCGCGCCGACCCAAAAUAUCAGGAAAUGACACGAAUAGGAAAUAUACUCGGUACUCGGUAGAUGUAGUUUUGAUAUGAUGUAUUGAUUAGCAGAAAUAUGAGUAAAAAUGGUGACGUGCAGUCAUGGUUGAUUUAAAGAAAAAGAAAAAAAAAAGGGGGGGGGGGGAGAAUGAUUGUAAUUAUUUUGCGGGAGGUUUGUAAACAUGUCUUACGACGACUUAAAUUACAGAGGUGACGCGUCACUUAUUUUGUAAAGUAAAACAAUGUCGGAAUUUCCGAAGAAAUGACAAGAUGCAGUAAGGCGCUUUAGGAAGCGAAUUUUUGGUCGGGACGGGCGAGUAGCGACACUGUUUUCGGGUACUUGUGAAGAUUGCCAAAAGCAGGCACUGACACAGUCAAGAGUGGAUACCGGGACUGGUAAGGGGUGAUUUUGAACAUCUAUAUAUAUCUAUAUAUGGCUUGCAAUAUGGAAAUGUUAUCUCAGGACAACGCAACGAUGUAGCGUGAAUGGCUUCCGCGGGCCACAUAAAAGAAGUAGGUGUGCCGGACGUGACUCCCGGGCCAUCGGUUUGACACCGGCGUUUGAGUGGCUGUUCGUUAUUAGCGCGGCACACUAAUUGACUGGCGAGCUGGAAUUGAACACCGUCGCCGGAUUGGGAGUCCGUUUAUGCGCCUAAAGCGCACGUGAUUUGCCAAGCCGGUGGUUGUGGGCGUCACCCGUGGGGGGGGGCGUGGUUUUGCUUAAUGAAGAAGUGCGCUCACCUGCGGCCUCCCUCCAACGGGUCGCAGCUCCAAACUUUCCGUCGAGCGUCCAAGCAAGUGACAUUUUCCGAGCAGGUUCCCAGCCACGCAAAGCAA